AUGUCAGCCUCCGCCAAGCACUACAGCGUCGGUGUUCUUGUCUUUGACGGCGUUGAUAUUCUCGACUUCGCUGGCCCCAUAGAGAUUUUCUCUCAUGCCUCACAUAACAAAAGCCCGGACAAUCCCGACCGCAUCUACAAGUGCCAAACAAUUGGUCGCAGCCAUACCAUCAGGGCUGCUGAUAGUCUGACCGUCGCUGUCGACCUCCUGAUAAACGAAGCCCUGCUCGACUUGCAGCAAUUUGAUAUCCUCGUCGUGCCCGGGGCGCCUCCUUCAAUUAUAACACCACUAUUGGCACCGGAAAGUCUUGAAAUGCAGCUUAUCGCCGCUUUCGCAGAGCUUCAGCCUAGGAUCUGUGAGACGGAGCCUCGGAUCUUGUUCUCCGUCUGCGUUGGUGCCUUUUUCCUUGGAGCUGCUGGAGUUCUGGAUGGGCUGGACGCUACAACGCACCAUAGAGGCUUGGAGAGGCUGGGAGAAAUAUGCCGCGCUGUAGGAAAGGAACCGGCUUCUAUUGUCGAAAAGAGGUUUGUAGACGGGGGCCUCAGCAAGAACAAAGCUGUCUUAGUUGUUACAGCAGGUGGUAUCAGUAGUGGAUUAGAUGCGGCAUUGCAUAUCGUAGGCACACAAACAUCAAAGGACAUGGAACAAUUUAUCAGAAGAGUUAUGGAAUACUCUUGA